AUGGCGACGAGCAAGCACGACCGGCUGAUGGAGCUGUUUUCUGUGGCGCGGCGGGAGGAGCGACCUCUAUACGUGCAGGCGCCCAUGGUCCGGUACUCGAAGCUCCCAUUCCGGCUGCUGGUGGCCGGGUAUGGCACCGACGUGGUGUACACGCCCAUGAUUGUCUCGGAUGCCUUCCUCAAGUCCUCGCUCUCGCGCGACUGCGAGCUGAUGACCUCGCCGGCAGAGACAGCGCCGCUGAUUGUGCAGUUUGCGGCGGCAAACACCCGCCAGUUUGUCGAUGCUUCGAGCAUGGUCUCGCAGUACGUGAGUGGCGUCGAUCUUAACUGCGGCUGUCCCCAGGGGUGGGCCAUGAGUGACGGACUCGGCUCGGCCCUCAUUGCCAAGCCCGAGCUGGUCAAGGACAUGAUUGCCACCACGGUGGCCCAGGCCGAGUGUCCAGUAACCGUCAAGAUCCGCCUCCGCGACACGCCCGAGGAGACCAUCGAGCUGGUUCGUAGGCUCGAGGCUGCCGGCGCGGCAUGGAUCACCAUCCACGGGCGGACGCCGGCAAACAAGCGCGGCGGCGACGUCGACUACGACGCCAUCGCCCUCGCAGCCUCGGCCGUCGGCAUCCCGGUCCUUGCCAACGGCGACAUCAACUCGGUUGCCGACGCCCAUUCGGUUGCCGCCGCCACAGGCGUCGACGGCGUCAUGUCUGCUCGCGGCCUCCUUGCCAACCCGGCCAUGUUUGCCGGCUUGGACUACACCCCCAUCGAAGCCGUCCGCGAGUACAUCCGCCUUUCCCUCGCCUACUCGGAGAAGUUUGUCCGCGUCCGCUACCAUGUCCUCACCAUGACCAGCGCCAUCCUCCCGCGCUGGGCCCGCUCUGCCCUCGCUGAAGUCCACACCGUCUCGGACAUCUUUGACCUCUUCCUCUCGCGCUUCAACAUCGACCUCUCGCCCGCUGCCGCCGAUCCCACCAACUCUCCUGCUCCGUGA